AUGAUGAUACGAUGUUGUGGACGUGACAACAAUUGUUGUAGAAGUUUGUUAUAAAUAUGGAAAAUGCCAGUUUCGCCUUACCCAAUAAUGUUAGCAGUCGCUGUACCUUUUUCAAUGCGGGGCCAGACGACUACCACUGUGAUGUCAUCUUGACGGUGAAGAGAGCCACUGGAACCUUUUCCCUGAUUGGCUGCCUCUUCAUGCUGUUUGUCAUAUGGCUACUCCGCAGAUACAACUCCCUGGCACAGAAGAUGGUGGUGAGCCUCACUGUGGCUGCCUUCUUCGACAGUAUUGCAUAUGUCAUGGGAGAGUCUCAUCCCGUUGGCUCCCUGUGCAAUUUCCAGGCCUGGUGGCUCACAUACUUUGACUGGUGUGCCUUGGCCUGGGUUUGCCUCAUCACUCUCAACCUCUAUCUCAACCUGGUACGGGAGGUCAGGACAGACCAGUACGAGAUGUUGUACCAUGUGCUGGCGUGGGGUGUUCCCUUGCUGAUGGCUAGCCUGCCUCUCCUAUGGGGGUACUAUGGACCAGCCGGGGCUUGGUGCUGGAUCACAGACACACACGUAGGCUGGAGAUUUGGCAUAUGGUACGUUCCUCUCUUCAGCCUCAUCUUCCUCAUGAUCUGCUGUUACGUCCGCAUCAUCUGCGUGGCCAAUCAGAGGAUGCAGUCGUGGAUCGGAACAUUCAACCCAGAGCGGGAACGCAGGAAGAUGGCCUUGGCUGAGGAGAUUGGUCCGUUGAAGUGGUAUCCCUUCGUCUACCUGCUGGUCUCUCUCUUUCCUCUCAUCAACAGGAUCCACAACUCCAUCUACCCGGCGUCCCCGGUGUUCUCUCUGACGCUACUGCACGUGCUCAGUGCCCCUCUGCACGGCCUGGCCAACUCCUUCGUCUUCAGCCUGGACGCCUGCAGCCAACUCAGCAGCACUGGCCUCAAGCUGGCGGUGACGUCUCGACUGUGUGACCAGACGCGUAUCGGGGAGUACCAUCCAGCCUACGUGCGAUACACAAACGAGCUGGACACACACUCCGACUCAGACGACUCAGACACCAACAUCCUCUUCUACAGCCCCGACAUGACACUCAAGGAUAGAGGACCCUGAGAAAUAGACACAUGGGGAGAGAGAGAGAGAGAGAGAGAGAGAGAGAGAGAGAGAGAGAGAGAGAGAGAG